CUAGCGAAGGGGCCACCAUUUUCCUUCCAAAUUAUCCACCUCCUCCAAUUUUCUUUCUUCAGACUUCAGACUCCAGAAGUUCAAAACGUCAAUCUCAGUAGCACACUCAUUCCUCCCUCCCUCCUUCCCAUUGCCCCCGCCAAAACCCUAAAACAUGUCAAAGCUCCACCUCUUCUUAACACUAAUCCCUCUUCUCCCAUUUCUCUGCACCUCCUUCUCUCCCGAGAACCCUUCGAGUCGCCGAGUCCUCGUCUUACUCGACGACCUCGCCCUCAAAUCCUCGCACUCGCUUUACUUCAAGUCCCUCCAGUCCCGCGGGUUCCAGAUCGAUUUCAAACUCUCCGAUGACCCGAAGAUCGGUCUACAACGUUAUGGCCAGUACCUGUAUGACGGCUUGAUCUUGUUUUGCCCUACGACCGAGCGCUUUGGAGGAUCCAUUGAUUUGACUGCGAUUCUGGAUUUUGUUGAUUCCGGUCAUGAUUUAAUUAUCGCGGCUGAUACCAAUGCAUCUGAUCUAAUCAGAGAAAUUUCCACCGAGUGUGGAGUUGAUUUUGAUGAGGACCUGGCAGCUUUGGUUACUGAUCACACCAAAUAUGCAGUUUCAGAAACUGAUGGAGAUCAUACCUUGCUUGCUGGUGAUGAUUUCAUCAAGUCCAAUGUAAUUUUGGGAAGCAAGAAAAUUGAGGCUCCUGUACUUUUCCAAGGAAUUGGCCAUUCUUUAAGUCCUACCAACAACCUAGUGCUGAAAGUUCUCUCCGCUUCUCCUUCAUCGUAUUCUGCUAAUCCGAAGUCCAAGUUGUCAAAUCCUCCAUCGCUCACUGGAUCUGCUAUCUCUUUAGUUUCUAUCCUGCAGGCUAGAAACAAUGCUCGGAUUUUGAUCUCUGGUUCAUUAAGUAUGUUCAGUAAUCGAUUCUUCAGAUCUGGAGUGCAGAAGGCUGGGAGUCCAACUAAAUAUGAGAAAUCGGGUAAUGAGCAGUUUUUGACUGAACUUAGCAAAUGGGUUUUUCAUGAAAGAGGGCAUCUCAAGGCUAUGAAUGUACAACACCAUAAAGCGGGGGAGGCUAAUGAACCUGCCAUGUAUAGGAUCAAUGAUGACUUGGAAUAUUCGGUUGAGAUUUAUGAGUGGUCUGGUAGAAGUUGGGAACCGUUUGUAGCUGAUGAUGUUCAGGUGCAGUUUUACAUGAUGAGUCCCUAUGUUCUGAAGACUUUAUCAACUGACAAGAAGGGUCAUUAUUUUACGGCAUUCAAGGUUCCUGAUGUUUAUGGGGUUUUUCAGUUCAAGCUUGAGUACCAAAGGCUUGGAUAUACGAGCUUGUCCCUGUCAAAGCAGAUUCCAGUCCGGCCCUAUAGGCACAAUGAAUAUGAAAGAUUUAUACCAGCAGCUUAUCCCUAUUAUGGGGCGGCAUUUUCAAUGAUGGCAGGGUUUUUCAUGUUCACUGCUGUCCACCUAUACAACAAAUAGCUGUAGAAUCUUUGGAUAGGCGAGACCAUAUACGAUUGGGGUUAAGAGGCCCAUUUUUGGUUCGGAAAUUUUGUUUUAGGAAUUUAAUCAAUUAGAAUUCUUAUUCUAUUAUGGAUACGCCACUUCGUUUGUUGCUUAAAGGAAAGGCACUUGCCAUCAGAUACAUCAAAUGAUAUUU